CUGUCCACAUCAGAUACAUCUGAGAAGCUUUACAGCUUUAACUGACGAUGGGGCUUUUUACUGAGCUGGAGUGUGGCAUCUGCUACCUGCCUUACACACGUUGCAGCAGGCAGCCUCAGGUCCUCAAAUGCUGCCACACUUUCUGCAGUAAAUGUGUCGAACGCUUAGUGCUGCGGAAGCGUAAAUCAGCCACCUUAACGUGUCCUGUGUGCCGAAUGCAGACUGUUUACCCACGGACAAUCAAUUUGUCCGAGUCUCUCCCUCUGGAUUCAGACAUCUGGAGGCAGAUUCCAGCAGAGAAACCACAGGAGGAGCAGCCGGAAGAGACGUUACACAAGUUGCUGAGAACUGCUCUGACUCAUGUGGCAGGAAGGUCCUCCAGAAGAGGCAGAUCAGCGUGGGUAAGGCCGAAGCUCAAAUGGCCACAGUUCCUGAAGAACUGGAAAAGUCGGGGCCUUUUUGGAAGAAAACAGAACCCAGAGGAGAAGCGACAACUAGAAUCAGAUCAGAAACUGAUUGCUCAGGUGCCGUGGUUCAGUGUGCUCUGAUCUCAAAAGGAUUGAAGAAGAGAUUCUCCGACCUGAUCCUCACUGAGCCUCACUAAAGUCCAUACCACCAAUAUGACAAUUUAGACACUCGUUAUUGUGGAAGUUGUGAAACUAAAGGCAAACUCUGGACUAACUGCUGCACAACAAAAUAAUGUUUGAGAAUGAAUGCAAGAAAUCCUAACCUGAUUUGCUUUUAGCUCUCAUUGAUUUGUGUAUUUAUUUGCCUGGUGUUGAGUUAUUUAAAGGGAAUAUCAGAAAAAAAAGUGUUUGGCAAACUUUUUGUGUGUAUUCUGACAGCUUACAAAAACAACAAAUUACAUUUGUAUAGUGUCGUGGAUGUCCCAAGACACU